AUGAACGAUAUUUCAAUUAACUUAACUUUAGAAUUAGAAGGAAAAAGUAGCACAUCUUAUAUUGUUUGUCCAAUAAGAUUAACUAAUAAUAAAGUAGAACGUCAUGUUAAUUUGCUUAUUAUACAAAAUAAAUAUUAUCCAAAAGCUCAUGAGGUAGAAGAAGAAGAAGGAGAAGAAAUUAAAUAUCACUAUGUAUGGAUAAUACAUUUAUCUAGACUUGUUUCCAGUCAAAGUUCUAAAAUGUUAUUUUAUAAUUUAACCAAUUAUGAUGAACAUCUGAUGAUUAGAGAGAUAUGCCGAAAAGGAAGUGUCAGUGUACUUCCAAUUAAUGAAGAAAAAUAUAUUUCUUUUACAUUGUUUGAAAGCAAUAGCAAACUUAAAUUUAGAUUCAUAGAUUCGUACAGAUUCAUGAGUGCUAGCCUUGAUGAGUUGAUUUCCUUGUUGCUUAAAGAUAAAUUUACAAUUUUGCAAAAGGAAUUUCAUCAUUUGGAUAAAGAACACUUUGAAUUGCUAACUAGAAAAGGAGUAUUUCCAUAUGAUUAUAUUGACAAUGUGGACAAAUUGAAUGAAACAAAUUUACCGCCGAUCAAAUGUUUUUACAACAGAUUGAAUGAUGAAGGAAUCAGUAAGGAGAAGUAUGAACAUGCACAAAACAUAUGUAAUAUGUUUAAUAUUAAAUCUUUAGGUGAAUAUAGUGAUCUGUAUAUGAAAACUGACAUUAUACUUCUUGCUACAGUGAUGGAAAAUUUUAGACAGACUGCCUUUGAAAUUUACGGUUUAGAUCCACAUUGGUACUAUACUAUGCCUAGUUAUACUUGGGAUUGUAUGUUAAAGUAUACGAAAUGUAAGCUCCAAAUUUUAAAAGAUGUGGAUAUGAUCCUUUUUAUGGAGAAAGCAAUACGAGGAGGAGUUUCGAUGUGUUGUAAUCGUUAUUCUGAAGCAAAUAAUGAAUAUUUACCUAAUUACAAUCCUUCAAAACCUUCAAAAAGCCUCCUAUAUUUAGAUGUUAAUAACCUAUAUGGUUGGGCUAUGACUGAAGCCCUACCGUACGGACAUUUCAAAUGGCUUGAAAAUUUUGAUAACUUUAAUGUAAUGGAAAUAGCAGACGAUGCAGAGGAAGGAUUUAUUUUGCAAGUGGACUUGGAGUAUCCCAAAAGAUUACAUGAUUUGCAUAGAGAUAUUCCAUUUUGCCCUGAACAUCGUAUACCACCCGUAUCAAAAUUACCGAAAUUAAUGACAACUUUGUUUGAUAAGAAAGAAUAUAUAUUACACUAUAGAAAUUUGAAGCAAGCACUAGAACAUGGGUUUGUUUUGAAGAAAAUUCAUAAAGUUCUUCAAUUUAAACAAUUCAAAUGGCUGAAGCCAUACAUUGAUUUAAAUACUUGUUUAAGAGCAGCAGCUACCAACAACUUUAAACGAAAUCAAUUGAAACUUGCCAACAAUGCAAUUUAUGCUAAAACUCUUGAAGAUAUUAAGCGUCAUCGAGUGGUAUCGAUCGUAAAUAGAUAUGAAGGAAGAUAUGGAGUGAAAAAUUUGAUUUCUAGUCCACGUUUUCAAAGUAGAACCAUUUUUGAUGAUAAUCUAAUGGUAGUUGAAUUAAGAAAAACGGAAGUAAUAUUCAACAAACCUAUAUACAUAGGUAUGGUUAUUUUAGAUUUAUCAAAAAUUUGUAUGUACGAUUUUGUUGGAUUAAGAUCCAAAAUGUACGCAUGUAAAUUAUAUAAUACUCCGAAUGAGGAACAAAAAAGAGUAAUUAAAAAAUCGAAAGGAAUUAAAGUUGCAAUAGUAAAGAACAAGAUAACCUUUGAGGAUUAUGAGAAAUGUUUAACGGAAAAAACUAAUACAAUCAUAACACAACAGUCCAUUCGAUCUUACGCUCACAAUAUUUAUUCCAUAGAACAACAAAAAGUUGGUUUAAGUUACAAUGAUAAUAAAGGUCAACUACUUUCUUCAUCAUUUGAUACAUUGCCGUGGGGUCAUUAUAGAAAUUAG